CUUGCUUCUCCUGCUCACUAUUUGUUGUUAUAACAGCAAAAGCCCACCCACCUUCAGCCGCACGCUCACCCAAGGACACCGUCGUUUCCACCCACAAUAUUGAGAGGUUGAGGCUGCAGCAUCAGCCAUGGUGGGCGUCGGGGAGAUGCUGGCCGGGGCCGUCAUAAAGGAAGUUGUCAGCAAGCUGCCUGCGCUGCUCCAGGCUUCAGUCCAAGGUCCGCUCAACAGGAUCCAGGGCUUCAAGGAAGACCUCGAGGUCAUGAACAUGACGCUCGAAUCCAUCGAGGCGGAAAUCGCGGAUGCAGAGAAGCGGUCUAUCAACGACGACAGCGCGCGACUGUGGCUGAAACGCCUCAAGAAUGUGGCCUACGAGAUCUCUGAUAUGUUUGAUGACUUCCAACCCGACAGGCCGCCAGGCAAGCUGCAGAGCACUCAAAAGUGGUACAAGAUAAUGUUUAGUGGUGACAUGGCCAAACGCAUGAAGCGGAUGAAUAAAAAGUUAGAUGAAAUAAGGAAGCAAAAACAAUUUGGGACUGAGUGGAGACGUGAACACAAACCAGUUACUUAUGAGGAACUAGAAACAAUAUCAAGGCCAUCAGAUGUGAUUGUUGGUCGUAGAGUUGAGAAAGAAUGUGUCAUUAAUAUACUGCUUAGCUCCAAUACAUAUGCUCAAGAAACUAAUAACUGUACCAUUAUUCAAGGGCUUGCUGGUGUUGGCAAGACUGAACUAGCAAAAUUGGUGUUCAAUGAUGAAAGAAUCAAGGAGGCAUUUCCACAGAGGGCCUGGGUUUCCUUGCCCCAAAAUUGUGAUGAGAAAGAGAUUUGCAAAAAAAUAAUCUCAAUAAUUGAACCUACACAUUGCAACCUUGAGAUUCUUGAAUCCAUAUACCAGCAUCUCGAAAAGGUCCUCACGGGUAGAUGUCUCAUUGUAUUGGAUAAUCUUUGGAAUUCAUUUCCCUUGGAGAGAUUGCAGGGUAUACUAGGCAGCAAUGUCUCGAUCUUAGUUACUUCACGCAAAGCUAUUCAGUUGAAUACGCCAAAAGCAAUAAUAUUCCCCUUGGAACCUUUAUCAGACAAACUCAGCUUUGAUUUAGUUAAGCAUGUUGCAUCCUCAUAUUUCCGUGAAGGUGAUAUUCCAGAAGUUGCACUGGAUGAAAUUGUAGCAAAGUGCAGAGGUGUACCUUUGGCUCUGAAGACUAUUGCAUCCCUAUUGAAACCAGGAACCGGUGAAGAACUAUUGAGUUUAAUAAAAGGUAUCUCUCCGCCCACAUCAGAUUAUGGACGAGAUGCUAUUGAGAAAACUGUUCUUGGAUCACUCAGGCUGACAUACCACUUAAUGACUCCAAGACUAAAGUUAUGCUUUGCCUACUGUGCAAGUUUUGCUAAAGGCUGUGAGAUUGAUCGUGAAGAAUUAUGCCACCAAUGGAUUGCUCUUGGGCUAAUUGUAAACCCCUGGAAAAAUCAGGGUAUAAUUGAAAACCCGGGGAAAACUAAAAGGCUUGCAGAGGAAAACAUUCGCGAAUUAUUGGACAUGUCAUUUCUUCAAGAUUCAGGGCCAUCUUCGCCCAACAUCAUGUGCUCUUUAGGGAUCCAUCCAGGCAGUUAAGAGGGAGCGAAAGAGCCGCGUCUGGAUCUAGGGUCUAGGACAAAGAAGAGGAAGGGGCAGAUAGCAGCAGUGACAUCGUACAUGCCGCCGCCGUGCUAGGGGCUCCCGUGGCACCGCCACAGAGAUAGAGAGAGAGAGCAGGGGGAGUGAAGGCGAGUGCAGGGGCAGGGGAGCAGCGUGGGCGCUGGUGUUCAGCGCUGGCACCUCUCGCGUGCCAAUGCCUCGAGAGAGAUAGAGGGAGGUAAUUUUUUUUUGUUUUGGCUGUGAUGGAUGGAGAGAUGCCGAGACGGUUCGCGAAUGAACUAUUUUGGUCCGGGCCACAGGAAGAUUGGCACGUGUUCAACAACAGUUACCAAUCACUGAAGUAAAUCAGGACGGUGAAAUCAGGAUCAAAC